AGUCUACAAGGUUAUCAAAGAAUUGUAAAAUUGUUUAAUUUUGAAGAAUGGGGAAAGACAAUCGACAAAAUAGGUUUAGAAACCUAUGUAGUUUUUAAUCAAGUAAAUUUAAAUAACAAUGUAAUUGAAGAAAAAAAG